AUGAUCCCCAUCCGGGACCGGCUCACGGAUGUGCUCACAUGGAAACUGCUGACCAGUGGGACGGGAGGGGGUAUAGGGGGCGGACACUCGCUCACCUCAUCCCUAGACAGUGGCAGUCCGUCGCCGCCCUGGACUACGACCUCACCGUCCGAUUCGCACAGCGAUAGCGAGGGUCACGACUGUCUCGAAGCCAACGUUUAUAUCGAUUUGAAGGGCAAAAGUCUGGGCUGUUCUGUGGUUAAGGGACCGCCUAAUUCACCAGGUAUUUUCGUGCAAAGCGUGAAAAGCGGCGAAAUCGCGGCCCAGAGUGGGCUAGAAGUGGGCGAUCAGAUCAUAGCCGUGAACGGCGUCGACGUGUUGCACAUGGAGUUCAGUGACGCCAUCACUAAACUCAAGUCAUUGCCGGCCAUGACUUUGAUGGUG